CACAGACGCCCUUCAAUGGAGAUUUCGUUUCGUUAGAUACGGUCUUCUGCGUUGAAGUGUUUUUUUUUUUUUUUGGUUCUUCUGUAUAUUUUUUUCUUUCUAUUUUUUUUCCCGAUCUUCGCGUCGUAGAGUUAGGGUUUUUGCCAUGGCGGAUGAAAUAGAUUGCCUUGAUCUGUUCGUAGACGACAGUUUCUUCUUAGAUUUUGAUGUUCCGGUCCUCUCUGAUUCCCCGGUGGUGGAGGAUUUCUCCACCUCUUCCCCGGACUCUGUGAGUCCGUGGAUCGGACAGAUUGAGAGCAUGUUGAUGAAAGAUGAUGACGACAGAGACCAUCAAGCUUGUUUGGGUUCAGACGAGAAACUGGUUUCAGAUUUCUUAGGCGACAUACUGGUUGAUUCUCCCCCCGGCGGUUCUAGUUCCGUUGAUUUCGCCGCCGCAAAGGUAUCAGACAUACCUAUCAUCACUUCUCCCGCCGACGGCUCUGGUACCGGCGAGUUUUUGGCUGACAAAGAAUCCGAUGUCUCCGAUGAUUCGGGGUGUAGAAUUUCUAAAAAGGAGGUAGCGGAUGUUUCAGCGGAGAAAAAUUCCGCCGGUUCAGACAAUCCAGGAAAUGAGAGUUCGGAGAAGGAGAGUCUCGAUGGACCUGAGGCGAGAGACGAUGAUGAAGAGGAAGACGAUUCUGUAGCCAAGAAAAGAAGAAGGCAACUGAGAAAUAGAGAUGCCGCUGUAAGGUCCAGGGAGAGGAAGAAGAUAUAUCUAAAGGACCUAGAGACAAAGAGCAAGUACCUCGAAAGAGAAUGCAUGAGACUGGGCCGGGUGCUUCAGUGCUUCAUGGCGGAAAACCAACAUCUCCGUCUCUUUUUGCAGAAAGGUCACAAACCAUAUGAUGCUUCCAUUGCCAAGCAGGAGUCUGCCGUGCUCUUAUGGGAAUCCCUGCUGUUGGUUUCCCUGCUAUGGUACCUAUGGAGCAUCAUUAUAUGCCAAUCCCCUCAGCCGCGUCUCGGGUCUGCUCUGCUUCCACCGCAAGCCAACGUGGUGGAAGCCAGCGAUCCAAGAAGCGUGGCUCCAAAAGGGCGAGGGAUUAGUAGCAAAUCAUCAUCAUCCACUCUCACUGAUGAUGGGAAGAGCCGAAGAUGCAAGGCUUCAAGGCCGAGGAUGAAGCCAGAAUCCAUCACCUGCUUUGCCAUAUAGAUCUUCCUCUUUUCUAACUCUUUAUUUUUUUUUGUGGUUUUGGAGUGCAUCAUGUCCUUUGAACCCUUUCUUGUUUUGUGUUUGGAUGAUUUAUAACAUGAUCUUCAAUAUUUCGUCAUGGGAAUCA